AUGUUAAAGAGUAGUCAUACAUAUGUUGAAGACAUAGCAAAUCCUAUAUCAACUAUUUCUACAACUAUAGAUAAUAAUGGAACGAAUACAACAAAUUAUUCUGAUUUAGGUGCUGUAAAUAUUAUUCUCAAGGUGCUCCAUAUUUUGCGCAAUUUUUCACUUAUCACUGAUUUUGCACCUACAUUAGCAAAACAUAAAUUAGUAAAGGAAAUACUAAUUCAAGGUUUACAAACUUCAAUGAGUACUGGACAUGUUGAAUUGGGACGUCAUUCUAUGGAUGUUUUAGAAAAUAUUGCAUUUCAUAUGGAACUAGUUUCAUCUAAAGAUCCUUGUUUAGCCUGUGUGCAAACUGUAGUUGCAGCACACGAUCGGUAUUUAGUGAUUGGAUCUAUUCGUACUCUAACAUGGUUUACUAUGAAUAAGGCAAAUCAUAUAUUCCUGGAGUCUUGUCCUGUCAUUACGCGUAUUUCACAAUUGUUAUUGUCAAAUGACGAGGAACUUGUAGGAACAUCAUUAGAAUAUAUUUAUCAGCAUACAAAAAUUUCUUUAAAAUGUCGAUCUCAAUUUUUAACUUCACCUCAUUCCAGUGCAUAUAUUGGAUUGUUAAUUUCUUUAUUAAUGACAAAGUCGAAAUAUUUUUGUGCUCGUUUUAUUCAUGAAGAUCAAGAAGCUGCUUCUUUACCUACGCCUACUCAUCAUAGUCCUCCUAAUAAUGUACUUCAACAACCACAACAAGCUAUGAUCCCUCGAGUACCUGACUUAACUGUUUACCACAACUUGGAUGAACCGUAUCGAUGUUUAGGAUGGUUAAAAGAUAAAUUUGAAGCAGCUGAUAGAAGCAGUGUUUUAUCACUGGAUGAUAUUUAUUUGUUAUAUGAAGCCAGAUUUGGAUUAGAAAAAGCGCUGAAGAUGAGAGAUUUUUACACUGUCAUGAAAAUUGCUUUCCCUAAAGCAUCUACUUCUGGAGCUGGCUCCCUUUUGGGUAAUGUUGGGCAAUCUUCACCGGUUGUAGAAGGAUUAAAUAUCAUUGGUAUACAGAUUAAAAUGAGUAUUUUGCAAGAUCGUAACACUGAAGACGAUCAUGGUCAAAAGUAUAUAUGCAGUUGGUCUCAUUGCAGUACAGAGCAGAACUUCUUUAGCAAUAAGAACGAUUGGAUAUCUCAUUUACGUACUCAUUUCUAUAAUGAAAUAGGAGAAAGUUGUUGCAAUAGUCCUGUUCAAAGUCCUGAGCCUUCACUUUUAUCCUCACCUUCUACACCUACAUCCAAUACAUCAUCUACCCCGACCUUAUUGUCGAUUGAUAAUUCUAAUAUCCAAGGCAUUGCCCUUGUUACUUCUCAUUUACUCGAUUGGCUUUCGAAAGAUCCCCAAAGUAUGUAUUACUUUAUUCCCUAUGAAAAGGAAUUAUCAGCAGUUGCAGAACAACGACCCAAGUUGGCUAAUCGGAUUUGGUCCAUUUGCUCCAACUUUAAAUCUUUACAAAACAGUAACUCAACUCACAUUACACUUACUAAAACAAUGGAUAAUCAUCCUACUUUGACUACCGCUACUACUACUCCUACUCCCACUACUACUUCUACUACUACUACUACUACUACUACUACCACUACUGAUCUAACAACAUCCACCAUCACAUAA